GUUUGUGUUGUGAACAGAAACCUGACCGGAAGUAGAAACGAGACUAAGAUCAUUAGUGAUGUUUUUACUUUUAUAUCCGAAGGUUAUUUAAAUUCAGGUCCGUUUUUAAUCUGCUGACAUUUUAGAGAGACUUGUUGUGGUGAUGAAACGACACGUCGUCACGUGAUUUAGUUCCCAGGACACAAAUAAAGUGACAUUUUAUACAGCAGCAUUCAGUAGGAUGAUGGUGCGCUUUAAAGCUGCGCGUUAAUUAUAAAGUAAAAGUGUUUUUGUUUGAUUUAUCUGUUUAAACUCAACGUACUGAAGGUUUGCGUCCUAUCGGACAGCAGAGCGAGGGAUUCACGUGGAUUUGAGGGAAUUGACGAUGUUUGCCAGGAAAAAUAAACGUCCGGCGCCUCCUAAAGGCCAAGGAGCUGCUGCUGCCAAACAGAUGGGUUUAUUUCUUGACUUUAACCCCGAGGACAUGAUGGACAUGAGUGAGAAUGUAGACGAUCCGGAUCUGGAGGCCGAAUUCGCUGCUAUUGUGGGGAAAAAAACAACUGCUGCCACUAAAGCCAAGAAAAAUGCCAAAGUUCCAUUACCAAUGGAGGAUAUUGAAAAGAUGACAGAGGAGUGCAUGAAAGACCUCGACAACGAUGAUGACGAUGAAGACCUCGAGGAUGAUGAAGAUCUCCUGGCAGAGCUACAGGAAGUGGUGAGUGAAGAGGAACCAGAUUCUGGAGCAGAGACCACCACCUCACCUGGCACAGAGGAAACCGGGGCAGUGCAUCCAGAACUAUCGGAAGUGAAGGCAUCAUCCAUCAGCACCACCACUCCAACAGGAGCAGCAGCAGCAUGUGGUGGUGUUGAACACACGCUUCAGGAGAGAAUCGUCAUGUACAACUCUGCCAUAAACAAUGCUAAAGCUGCAGGAGAGUCAGCUAAAGCUCGCCGCUACGACAGAGGGCUCAAGACCCUACAGAGCAUGCUAACAUCAGUACGUAAAGGUGGAAAGAUAAACGAAGCAGAGAUCCCGCCUCCGGUGGCGUCUGGAAACCGUGGUGACGCUGUUCCUCCUUCAGCUCCUCCCACAUCCGCAGCGUCUCAAACCGAACACCACGAAGAAUCAGACAGUGCCGUGGAGACGUCACCUGUGACCCCGGACAACAGCUCUGUUCCUACACUUCCGGAAGUAAAAGUGUCCUCAGCAGAGACCUCGCCUGUUCCCAUGGAGACCGCCAAUGUUUCUGUGGAGCCGUCAGCUAACGAUGCAAAAGUAAGUGCCCCCAGUAAGGAGAUGCUGCUGGAGACACAGAAGCAGUACAGGACGGCCGCCGUGAGGGCGAAACAAGCUGGAGAUCUGGAACAGGCCAAAACACACAUGAAGAGCAGCAAGAGUUUUGAUGCUGCGCUCAUGGCGCUGGAGAGAGGAGAGAUCGUGGACCUCAGUAAACUUCCUCCUCCUCUGUCUGGAGGGACUGAAGAUUCUCCAAAACCAGCUAUAAAGAUUUCACAAUCCUCCCCGAACAUGCAGGCUCAAGAGGCGGCAGUGACUCCGCCCAACCCAGCUCCACCCAAACUGGCUCCGCCCACAACAGUUCUUGAAGCUCUGGAGCAGAGGAUGGCUAAAUACAGAGAGACAUGCGAUCAGGCUAAAGCUAACGGCGAGGAACGCAAAGCUCGCAUGUACGAUCGCAUUGUGAAGCAAUAUCAGAGUGCCAUCCGCUCACACAAAGCAGGACGAGCUGUUAAUUAUGAAGAGCUGCCAGUACCACCAGGAUUUCCACCAAUCCCAGGACAGGAGGCGAUUAAACCGGAGCAGGGAUUGGCUGCUGCACUGGAAACAGCCAAUAAGCUCACUUCUAAUGAGGCAGAGGGCAGAGACGACGAGGAGGAGGAAGAAGAACCAGAGAAAGAAAGCAAACAGCCCAAAGCUCCAGUAGCAGCAGUGGAGAAGCAGAAGAAGCAGACAAUGGUGGUUUCUCCAACAGUCCAGCAUCCUAAAAGAACUCCUUCACCUUCUCCUGAGAGAAGCACCAAGAAAGAGAACCCAUCUUCCACAGUGACAGAGCAGGUGGAGAUGUUGGAGGCUCGGAGGAAGCAGUACAUGAAGGCAGCUCUGCAGGCCAAGCAGAGAAACGACAUUGAGCAGGCCAAGGUUUAUUUACGCACAGCCAAGAGCCUGGAGCCACUGAUCACUGCAGCACGCAGCGGCAAACACCUCGACUUCAGCAAGGUCCCCUCUCCUCCUGCAGAUGAAGAUGAAGACUUCAUUGUGGUCCAUCACAGUGAGGUGGAGAUGUCCGAGAGAUCUGAGGAGGUUUACACUCAGCUCAGCACUAUGAUGAAGGAGCAGUAUGAGAAAUGUCUGACUUACUCCAAGCAGUUCAGUCACAUGGGGAACAUCGCUGAAACAACCAAAUUUGAGAACAUGGCUGUGACCUGUAAGAAGAGUCUGGAGAUCCUGAAGCUGGCUCAGAACCGAGGACUGGAGCCUCCCAAACACCAUUUUGAGGAGAGAACGUACCGCACUGUCAGGAUAUUCCCGGAGCUCAGCAGCACUGACAUGGUGGUGAUGAUCGUUAAAGGCAUGAAUCUUCCUGCUCCACACGGUGUCUCAGCGAGCGACCUGGAUGCGUUCAUCAGGUUCGAGUUCCCCUUCCCGAGUUCAGAUCAGCCUCAGAGACACAAAACUGCGGUGAUUAAAAACACCAACAGUCCCGAGUACAACCAGAGCUUCACCUUAAACAUAAACCGUAACCACCGUGGCUUCAGGAGACUGGUUCAGUCCAAAGGCCUCAAACUGGAAGUGUUUCAUAAAGGUGGUUUCCUGAGGAGUGAUAAACCUGUAGGAACAGCUAUCAUCAAACUGGACAAACUGGAGUCUGAGAGUGAAGUGCGCGAGAUAGUGGAGGUGACGGACGGCCGGAAGCUCACUGGAGGUCGUGUAGAGGUCAGGGUUCGUCUCAGGGAACCUCUGAAUGGUCAGGACAUGCAGAUGGUCACCGAGCGCUGGCUGGUUCUCGACCAAUCACACUAGGUCUGAUCUUCACUCUGUCUGAUCUUCACUCUGUCUGAUCUGCUGUCUGACGUCAUUUCUCGUCUAUUGUUCCUCAACUAUUCCUCGUCCUUUAAUUACAGAAGUUGGGAGAAAACUUCACACUUUCACACCAGAACCACACGGAGGUCUGUUCACACACACGGUUCACCAUCGGGAGAAACACACACACACACACACACACACACACACCUGUGUGGACUUUUAUGAAGGUGUGUGUGAAUCUGCAAUGCUGUAUGUGAUUAAUGUGUGGCUCAGACACGUAUAACUACAUUUAUGCACUAAUACCAAAGCGCUCGACGUAGCUGGAGCACAACGUGGUGCGAUUAUUUAACCUGCUGUUUAAUAGCACAACACCGCUGCAACAUUAACGCCGACCUAAUUUAUCUAUGCAAUGUGAUCGUGUCGAUUCCCUCAAACACCCACGUGGUUGUAUGUUCUAAAGCAAAUUCGCUGCACGGAGAGACACGGGUUUAACCUCACGACACACGCUAAAGCCAUAAUCCUCAGUCACGCACGCCGAAAUGAGGACGAACCGUCUUUCUUCUUGUUUUUAACUCCCCUUCAUCCACUUCCACCGAACCCUCAGUGAACUCCCUCCAUCCAUCUGUUUCCAUGACUACAGAAAAAUAAACAGCUAUUCGUCCACAGUUUUAACAGCACCACCUGCAGGUGGUUUAAACUUCUGCAACACUCUGAAACCCAUAAUAAACAACUCGUUUGCAUAAACAAUGUUAAUUGUUGAAACUCCCUGUGUAGAAAUUGCGUGUAAACGGACGCUUCGAUAAGGGAUUAGAGAUUGUUACAGGUCUCCUCAUCUUCUUAGCUUCAGUCUACAGGAUGGAAGUUAACGUUAUCUUUUAGGUCUUUUAGGAGAAAUAAAAAAAACGUGACGAUAAAAACGUUCUACAGACAGCAGUGCCUGUUGCCAUGGUAACAUUACAAACCACGAGGAAACGCGCUACGCGAUUACUGACAUCGUCGAGACCAAACCGAGAGGCUGGACGUUUAUAUUGUGCUCAAAUGUAGUAAAAAUAAUAAUAGCUUUAUUUAAUUUAUUCUGUAAGUCUGUUGGUUCACUGAGUUUUAAGAAUUAAAAUGUUCACAAUGUUUUGCAGCUGAAGUUAAUAUAAUAAAAAAAAGUUACAGGAGUCUUCAGAAAUACAAAGCAUUUGUUCAUUUACAUCAACGAGUUCAUUCGUCUCUGAUAUCUACUCUGCCUUUUAAUGGUCAGGGGCGUGGCCUACGUGGGGGCGGAGUCAUAGCGCUCAAUGUUGUGGGGAUGAAAGUGCUCGAAUACGUCAGCGUUCAGUGACGCAGUGAACUUGUGGAUGUGGUUUUUUAUUAUUAUUAUUAUUAUUAUUUUGUGCCAUUAACCUCUUACGUUCAGAGCAAAACUAAACGUGUCACGUGUCACUUUGGAUGUUUUUCUUUCUUCAAAUUCCUAAAACACCAAGAGUUCAUUUCACUAUUUUAUUGUUCCUCAGUUUCAGUAUUGUAUCAGUAGGCUGUCUGAUUAGGGAACAACGUUUAAGGUUAUACGAUCGAUCCCUCAGUUUGACGUCACAUUUCAGUCUUGGAGAAAACAAACCAUUAAUUCAGUUCUAAACAAACUGAUAUGGGAACUGAAAACAAGCACAUGCUUGGAUCUUCUACACACACACACACAGUUAGUUCAUUUCAGGUGUGUGUGUGUGUGUGUGGGGAAGACGAUGCAGACGACGUUUCUCUGAAAGUUUCAUGACUGAAACAGAAAGCUGGAUUUUUCAGACUGUUUUAGAAAGAUCGUAAAUUAAAACUUCUUUUAUCAUUAAAAAUGUCAAAAGUCA